AAAUUGUUUCCAUAAAAAAGAUUAUAUUAUAUAAAGGAAACAAAGAAACCAAUUUGGUUCCAACUUAUUCCAAGGAAUUGGGAGAAAGAAUAAACAAAGUUCUAUUUCUUUGCUUUCUUCCAAACUAAUUCACUCUUUGCAUCUUCCCAUAUUUUUCUUUGCCAUUUAUUUCUCCAUGGAUCGUUCUCUCAUACCAAGCUUCCUCUACUCCACUACAUCGUCCACGCAUAAGAGGAUCACGGAAGAUGUUUCUAGUGUCUAUCAUGUGGCAGCGGAAUCUCCAAAGUUUAUGAUUCCUUCUCCCAAUGAAUCCGGGAGAAGGAAUAUAAAGUUGUUCUCUCGUGAUUACUAUCUAGCUUGCGCCGUUGGUGGAAGCAUAUGUUGCGGCUUCACUCAUAUGGCAGUUACACCUCUUGAUCUUGUCAAAUGUAACAUGCAGAUUGACCCUGCUAAGUACAAGAGCAUUUCCUCAGGAUUUGGAGUGAUGCUCAAGGAACAAGGAUUUAAAGGAUUUUUCAGAGGAUGGGCACCAACAUUUCUUGGUUACAGUGCACAAGGUGCUUUCAAAUAUGGGCUUUAUGAGUAUUUCAAGAAGUCCUAUUCAGAUGUUGUUGGUCCAGAAAAUGCUACAAAGUAUAAGACAUUAGUCUACCUUGCUGGAUCAGCUUCUGCUGAGGUUAUUGCUGAUGUUGCACUUUGUCCAUUUGAGGCAAUUAAGGUUAGAGUUCAAACUCAACCUGGUUUUGCUAGAGGUCUUUCUGAUGGAUUGCCCAAAUUGAUCAGAUCUGAAGGAGUCUCAGGAUUGUACAAGGGCGUUGUACCUCUUUGGGGAAGACAGGUUCCAUAUACAAUGAUGAAAUUUGCUUCGUAUGAAAACAUUGUUGAGAUGAUCUACAAACACGCCAUCCCCACACCAAAGGAUGAAUGCACAAAAACCCUACAACUUGGUGUGAGUGUUGUGGGUGGAUAUUUAGCUGGUAUAUUAUGCGCAGUUGUGUCUCAUCCUGCAGAUAAUCUCGUCUCUUUCCUUAACAGUUCCAAAGGAGCAACUGCUGCCGAUGCUGUGAAGAAGUUGGGAUUAUGGGGUAUGUGUACACGCGGUCUCCCUCUUCGUAUUCUUAUGGUUGGAACUCUAACUGGAGCUCAAUGGGGAAUUUAUGAUGCAUUCAAAGUUUCUGUGGGGCUGCCAACGACUGGUGGUGUUGCUCCUGCUCCUGCUCCUGCUCCAGCUUCUGCUUCUUAGCUUUGAAAAGAUGCGAAAUGUUCCAUGCAGAAGCAAGAUACAACACUUGAUAGUUUGCUUGAGAAACAAGGAAAAGAGAUCUUAAAUAAACAAAGGAUUACCAAAGCUAAUGGGAAUUUUGUAUUGAAUAAUUAGUUAGUGUAUUCUUUUAUAGUUAUUACUUUAGUUAGGAUUUGUAAUGUUUUGCAGAAUUUUUGUAUAUGAGUCUACUCCACAAUACUAAAAGUACUGUAAUAACUCAACUUACUGCAUCUAAUUUCACCAAAUCCUAAAUGAAUUAUUUGCGAAA